AUGAAUGAGGUUCUGAAGGAGGAAAUUGCGACUGGACACACUGUAGUUUACAUCGACGACAUCCUUAUCUUCACAGAUGACCCUACUCUACAUCGCCAACUGGUAGAACGGGUCCUGAAGAAGCUGCGCGACAAUGACCUCUUCGUUAAGCCUGAAAAGUGCAAGUUUGAGCAGCCCUCGGUUCACUUCCUCGGACUAGUCGUGUCAAAGGAUUCAAUCUCCAUGGAUGAGUCUAAGGUGCAAGGUGUUAAGGAAUGGCCUACUCCGACCAAAGUCAAACACGUUCAAGCCUUCCUCAGAUUAGCCAAUUUCUAUCGGUGUUUCAUCAAGGACUUUGCCAAGAUUGCACGACCACUCACUAAGCUCACGUGUAAGGACAUCCAGUGGCAAUGGGGAGAAGAACAGGAGCAGGCCUUUGAAGGACUCAAAACCGCUUUUACGACAGCUCCAAUCCUUCAGAUCCCGAACGACACAGCCCCGUACAGGCUAGAAACAGACUCAUCCGACUUCGCGACAGGGGCAGUUUUGGAACAACUUGGAGAGGACAAGCUAUGGCACCUGGUCGCCUUCUACUCCAAGUCUCUCAAUGUUCACGAGCGCAACUAUGAGAACUAUGACAAAGAGCUUCUAGCCAUCAUCCGAGCCUUGGAGGAAUAUCAACACUACCUGGAAGGACACCCGGAACCGAUUGAGAUCUGG